CGGAGCAUAUUUCAACAUUGAAAAGGGGGAGAGGGGGCUUUGGUUAUCGACAGAAAAGGUAUUUUUUUCAAUUACGGAAGGAUGCCGGUAGAAAGCUUCUGUUUUGCCCAAAUGUGUCAACACUUCUGUCCAUGACUGAAGUUUCGGAAAUUUCCGAAGGACCUCGUUCGAGAGACCCUGGGAACGAGGUUGGACAACAUUCACCAACAGCAAAAAAUAUAUCAUGGAGGUGGGAGGAGGGAGAGAACUUCACUCGCCUUAUUCGACUUCACACAGUGGUCGAGUACUGGAAGUUAUGAACAAACAUCGCAAAGACUGCCUUAAGCUAUGUGAUGUCGUUCUUAAAAUUGGAGACGAACACAUUCCUACUCACAGGGCCGUCUUGGCAGCGUGUAGUUCGUACUUCUACGCCAUGUUUACGAGCGACUUAGCAGAAAGCCGACAGAAAGUUAUCACUAUGAAAGACAUAGACGCUACUGUAGUACAAAUUCUAGUGGAAUUCGCUUACACGGGAAAGGUUGAUGUUAACGUUGAAAAUGUACAGUCCAUACUGGCCACCGCUUGUUUAGUACAAUUUCACGAAGUGCGAGAUAUAUGCUGUCAAUUCUUAGAAACUCAACUAGACCCUUCUAAUUGCUUGGGAAUAAGGAAGUUUACCGAAGCGCAUGGUUGCACAAAUUUUCUUGAAGUUGUGGACAAUUUUGUGCUUGAGAACUUUAGAGAAGUAAUGAAGUCAGAGGAAUAUGCUUUGUUGCCUUGCGAAUUAUUGAUAAAAGUGAUUUCAAGCGACGACUUGAACAUCAUCGCUGAAGAAGAAGUUUACGAAGCCGUGAUGUCUUGGGUGAAACAUGACUUAAACAAUCGAGCCAAACAGCUUCCAAGUCUGAUACGAUUUGUCCGAAUGCCGUUGAUUUCUAAGCACUAUCUCCUGAACCGAGUUGAUGCGGACAAUUUAAUACGAUCGAAUUUGGCGUGCAGAGAUUUGCUGGAUGAGGCGAAAAACUAUCAUCUUGUACCCGAACAGCGAGCGCUGUUUCGCACUGAUCGAAUGAAACCGAGAAAAUCUAUGAUGGGUACAUUAUACGCUGUUGGCGGUAAAGAAGCUGGAGAAACUAUUUCAAAUACAGUAGAGUGCUACAGCUUACAAAGUAACAUUUGGCAGCAAGCACCCUCACUUAAUGUGCCAAGACAACAGCUUGGCACUGGAAGUUUAGGAGGUCGGCUCUAUGCUGUUGGAGGUUCAGAUGGCUAUUCACGUUUGAGCACGGUAGAGUGCUUUUCACCAGAGGCAAACCACUGGAUGUAUGUCAAGUCACUCAACACAAGUCGUUCAGGUGUUGGAGUCGGGGUACUUGGUGAAGCAAUGUAUGCAAUGGGCGGCUAUGAUGGCAGAUCAUGCCUAAAAACUGUUGAAAGAUAUGACCCUCUGGUUGAUGUGUGGAGUCUUGUUGCACCUACAAAUAUUACCCGCAGUUUCCCUGGUGUGGCAGAGCUUGGAGAUCGCAUCUUUGUAAUUGGUGGGAAUGAUGGAGUUUCAUUCCUCAAUUCAAUUGAAUGCUAUGAUCCUCAUACAAACAGAUGGACUCUUUUACCUCCCAUGAGCCGGCCCAGGGCAGGGAUUGGUGCUGCAGCAUUAGAUGGUCGCAUCUAUGCCAUAGGUGGUUUUGAUGGUGCCUCAAGGCUUGAGAUUGUUGAAAUGUUUGAACCUCGCAUGAAUGUAUGGACUGAAGCUGCUUCACUUAAUUCUUGUCGUGAUGGCGUUUGUGUGAUGACAUACGGCUGUUGGGUUUAUGCUGUUGGUGGAAUUGAUGGACCGUCAUAUCUUAACACAGUAGAGGCAUACGAUCCAAGAACUGACGAAUGGGAAGAUGUUAUUCCCAUGACAAGGUGUCGGGCUGCAGCAGGAGUAGCAGUUCUUCAUGCCACCACUUAAUGAAACAGCUUUUCAAAUAACUACCACAAAUUUUGAUGAGACAGGUUGAAUAGAAAUCGGGCUUCCUUCAACAAAACAUGAUAGGUUGGUUGAAGAUAUAUUUGGAUGGCAAUAGACAAGAUUUCUUUCUUCUGCUAAUUUGCAAGAGUUUAGAGAUGAUUUCCAGUCCGUACUGUGCACUCUCGAGAGAUUUCUUAGGUUUUUUGUUUUGUUUCAUGAAAGACAUCACAAAAUGUAAACAUUUUGCAACUACUUACAUGAAGUGAAUUCAAAGUUUCAUGUAAACUGCCAUUAUGAAUGCAAAGCAUUAUGCUUCGUUUUUUCUCAUAUCACUUGAUGAAACAACUUUGCAGCUGUAAAAAUCAAUGAAGCUGUUGAAAGAUAAGGUAUGUGGUUGGUAACGAAUAACAUUAAUUCGCAUUCCAUCAAGUGGGACUUAUAAUGUUCAUAAACAUUAAGGUGCUGAGACUGUGCUGUAUGGACUGGAAAUCAUCUUUAAGACUUUUUUUUUAACGAAAGGUCCUUGUAAAGUGGACUCUAUGCAGUGAUUUGAUGCCAUUAACAUUGUAGUGAUGUAACUGGUGUUCAGUGGGUUUCAAUUCAGAAAUCUGACAAGCUCUUGUUGACAGUAUAGGGUAUGCAAGACAGGCCAAUUUUCUAGUUCAUUCAACAAAAAUUUUGUACAUUUUAAGACAAGACAAUGUUCAAUUUGGCAAACUUGAAUGAGUUGUAAUGAAGCUUUUUAUCCAUGGAUGCACCUUUUGGUAGUGCUGACAACCAUCCUUUCGAGAUGCUGUAUUAAAAAGGAAUGUAUUGGUCAACUUCCUACAGUUUAGAUAUUAAGUUACAACUCUUUUCUUCUAGGACUCAGACAUAAUAUUACAUCAGGCUCAUAUUAUCAGGAACUAAAUAUUAUUUCAAAGCUUACACAAAAAGAUAAAGCUGUUAGAUUUUUUACAAUGUUCAAAGCAAAUUUGUUAACAUCAGACUGUUUGUUGGGUUCAAACACUCCAUCAUUAAGGAACCAAAUUUUAGUUUCUGCUAUUUGAUGUUUCUUAAUGAUUUAGUUUGUAAAUUUGACGUGCAUAGUCAGUUGUCACGCAACUGCUGGAAAAUGCUACAAAUAGUGUAAGCAUAUAUAUAAUAUCUUGGGUCUUACAAGGUGUCUACAUAGCUGACUAUUUGCAUAGUAUGCACAAUGUAGGUUAGGCAAUGCUGAAUUUUGACUGAUUUUAUAUUUUUCAAUAACAGUGGACUCUGUCCAGUAGUAUUCAUGGUUAACAAACUAAAGUACUGUGAAAUCCUU